CACCACUUCUCUGAAAACUCCAAAGAACUGACAGGUUUGACCUACAAACACACAAAACAGACAGACAUACAUGCAGGCUUCCUUUAACGCUUUGAGUCGGCUUUAAAAGGAACAGAUGGCUAAAAGUCAGAUUGCCUCAUCCAGUGGGUGAAUAGAGUGAUGUCUGAUAUACUGCAUUAAUCAGACUUUUUUUUUUUUUUUUUUUCUUGAAAUGAGUGAAACUAACAAUCAUCUAAAGUUGGUUUUUUAACUUGCUCACGGUCAACUCUUCUGACAUGGACUUUGUCUUGGUUUUCCCACUGAUACUUGCCUUCCUUUCCACUGGACAGAGUUACACGGAGGUGACCGAACAAACCAGUAAUUCAUGUUUUGAAAAGUGUCCAGCUGGAUAUCAUAAGAUUGGUAGCUGUGGGAAUCUAACUGGACAGUACAGAUGUCAAAAAUGUGGAAACAACGAAUACACAGAAAUACCAAACUUAAUAACAAAAUGCCAGAGGUGUGACUUGUGUAGUCAUAUUGAGAAGGAAAUAAAGUCCUGCUCCUUUAAUAGUAAUGUGGUAUGUGACUGUAAGGAUGGAUACUACAACGCAAACUCUAAAUCCAAAAUAAGGGAUUGCCGAGCAUGCAGCUCUGCAAGAUGUGGAGUGUCUGAUGUUAAUGAGGACUACAAAAGGAAGUGCAAUCCCUGCCAAAGGAAGGAGUGUUUGGCAUACCCAGAAUGUGAGAGGAAAUCUACCGCAAUUACAAUUCCUCCUUCUACGACUACAACCACGUCUUCAGCUACAUCUCCAAGAACCACAGCUUCAAACCCAACAUUGAAUUUGAACGAAAUGACCUGGCUGUUAGUCGUGGCGGUUAUGGGGACAGGUGUGGUGCUCCUUUGGCUCCUGCUCAUUAGGAACCAGCUCAGAUACCCAUACAGUUUUCCUUGCUGGAGUGUAAAUAAAGACCUGGAGCUGUCUGUCGAGGACCCCAAAUUUAACGAACAACGCAGUCAUCAAGUCAGCACCCCGACCACACUGACAUUUAAAGUAUCUGAGGAAACUCCCAUGAUGAAUCUCAGCUCCACCACACCAGAACAUGCAGCCCCCUGCAGUCCUGUGCUGCCAGACACUGAACACAAAGCUGACAGACGAGAUGAGCAAUUGGAGCACUGGCCGGCCAUCGUCCUCUACACAAUUAUCAAGGAGGUGCCCUUGCGUAGGUGGAAGGAGUUCUUGCGUCUGCUCUCGGUGGCUGAUCAGCAGCUGGAGCGGGUGGAGCUGGAGGCCGGUUUGGGUCUGGGCUCCAUGGAGAGGCAGUACCAGAUGCUGAGACUGUGGAGCCAGCGCUCCUCUGCGAGCCUGAAUGAUGUCUUCUCUGCCUUGCACUACAUGGAUUUAUCCGGCUGUGCCCAGCUGCUGCAGGAAAGCCUGGAGAAGCUGCAGUGUGGAGGCCUUAACUGAAGCACGGUUUCACAGCCUGCAGAAGUUACACUUAAAAUGGUUUCAAUGGGGCAAUGCAGGAUGAGGCUGCAUACCAUACUAUCAUAGAAUGAGAGACACCAGUGCUUCAACCUUCGGCGCCAGUGCAUAAGACUAGAAACUUCAAGUCCUUGGAAAGUACAUAAAUAACUGUAGCUACUACAUGGUGCAACCACAGAACACUGCAAUUAUGUUACAAAUGACCCAUACUGAGUAAUGCAGAUGUUUUGUAUAUUACAAUCUAGCUAAGAGCUAAAUGGCAUUAUGGAGCACUGUGGAGAUCAUGACAGGCCCCACUACAAUUAGUUUACUUCCUCUUUUCCUUUCUUUUAAUGGGUAAAUGUCAUCAAAUGUACUCAAGAUAAGUGUAUAAUAUUUCCUUUUGUGAGUCUUUAUUAAGUUGAGCUUUAUUUUACCUCCAAACUCACACUUAAAAUGCAGAAUGUACAUAUAGACAAUAAUGGAUUUGUUGCAGUGCAGAGUCAGCUGCAGAACUGGCACUUGGAUCAUUAAGUGGCUUGCUUAAAUGCAUGUAACAACAACAACACCACCAGUUGCAUUCUUAAGGACAUCAUGGAAAAAGAUGGCCUAACCCUAAACUCACCCUAACACCCAGGCUGAACUCUAGUAAUCUAGUAGGUGGGGAAGUCUCCUUUAAUAUGCUAUACUGCCAGAAUACCACUUAACCUACAGCUUCGCGUGUGGCAUCUCCAACAGUGGAAGGCUGUGGUUUUACAGCAGAGUGCAAAUGUAAAUAUGUUACUGUAUAAUUGUAUAUGUGUGUGAAGGUUGAGGUAGCGCUGAAAAAGUUCCUUGUUUGAACUCUCAAGAUUAUUUUUCUACCUCCAAAUAUCCAAAUUGGUGCUUGGCUUUUUAAUUUUUUGAUAUUUAACUAAUCAAAGUGAAAAGUCUUAUUCAGUUUGAUUAUUUAAACUAUGAACAUUUCAGGGCACAUUUAUGAUGUAAGAGCAGCACAGCUGCAGAUCAGUUCACCACGUCUGACAUUUCCUUCAUCUCGUUUGAAGGUCUGCUCUAAUAACCCAGCCACUGACUCUUGUUACGCACCCUCGCAAAGGAAGAAAACUGAAAUCCCCGCAGGACGUCAGAUGUUCAGUUUCCUGCAAAUAAAUGGUGUCAAUGUGAAGUAGGCUGGGUUUUUCCUCACCACACGUAUUCGUCCAAACUGUUGGUUUCCUGUUAUGGGGUUAGGUAUCUCAUUUUGAGAGUGUUUGUGUGUCAAUUCAGUUACUAACAGUAAAGGAGUUGGACUUUCCAAUUAUUGGAGUUUAUUUAUCAGUGUUUUACUAUGAAUCUAGGUCUGUGGUUUCUGGCUUUGGGAGACACGUGUGUGCCUUUUUUUUUAAUUAUUAUUUUCUGAAACUACUUAUGGAUGCUUGCACCUUUUUGUUACAAAACUAAAUGAGUGGAUAAUCAUACUGAUGGAAUUUUAUCCUUGUAGUCACCUGUGGUGCAAAUGUAUGUUAGUAUACUACUGUGAGGAGCCUGUGUCAAGUGUCACUAUACAUUAUGUCAUGAAUAAAAUUCUUGGCCACAA